CUGAAAUAUUCUAACUAAAACUUCUGAUUACUGUGGUAUUUUGCAUUUUUCAAGUAGUGCUUUCCAGGGUCUACCAAACCAGUUUAUUAUUGGUCCAUGGCAUGGAGUUGAGCUUGAGGCGUAGAAACAAUCCCAAACAACCUGUGGCUAAUAAAUCUUUCUGCUGAGAAGAAUGCACAGGAAAUUUUGUUAAGGCUGUUAACACUGCAUCAUGGGUGGAUCAAAAGAUGAGCAUUUCAAAGCAUUAGAGGUGGGACACCAAACAAGCCUGAAAUUAGUAUCUUGAGUUACCACACUCUCAGUAUAGGAUGUAGGACAAAAUAUAUGCAUGCAUGCACACACAGUGAUAUACGUGUAUAUAUCUACUAAAAAAAGGUGUCUGAGUCUAAAAAUAGCAUGUGUGUAUGCCAUGUGCUGGGUCUGCCUUGGAGUUUGUCAUUGAUAUCAUCCAGCCAACAUGAAGCAUGAAAUUAAUGAAUGGGUAACAUGAAUCUGGUAGAAAUAACAGGUUAGAAUGAAGCAUUAAGUAUAGAAUAUAUAGUUACUUCCUGGACAGGCUAGAGAGUUUGAUGGGGAGAAAUCUAAUGAAAUUCAACAAGAGCAAGUGUAGAGUCUUGCAUCUGGUAAAGAAUAACCCCAUAUACCAGUACAGACUGGGGAAUGAACUGUUAGAGAGUAGUGCAGGGGAAAGGGACCUGGGGGUGCUGGUGGGCAGCGGGAUGAGCAUGAGCCAGCAAUGUGCCCUCAUGACCGAGAAGGCCAAUGGCAUCCUGGAGUGGAUUAGAAGGGCUGUGGGCAGUAGGUCAAGAGAGGUUCUCCUGCCCCUCUGUUCUGCCUUCAUGAGACCACAUCUGGAAUAUUGUGCCCAGUUCUGGGCCCCUCAGUUCAAGCAGGACAGGGAGCUGCUGGAGAGAGUUCAGCACAGGGCCACCAAGAUGAUGAACAGAAUGGAGCAUCUCCCUUCUGAUGAAAAGCUGAGGGAGCUGGGGCUCUUUAGCUUGGAGGAGACUGAGAAGUGACCUCAUUAAUGUUUGCAAAUACGUAAAGAGCAGGUGUCAGGAAGAUGUAGCUAAGCUGUUCUCAAUGAUAUCCACUGAUAGGACAAGGGGCAAUGGGUACAAACUGGAACACAAGAGGUUCCAAAGAAAUACGAGGAAGAAUUUCUUCCCUGUUCAGGUGAGGGAGCACUGGAACAGGCUGCCCAGGAUUGUGGAAUCUCCUCUAGAGACUUUUAAAACCCACCUGGACGAGUUCCUGUGUGUCCUACCCUAGGUGGUCCUGCUCUGGCAGGGGGGGUUGGACUGGAUUGAGGUCUCUUCCAGCCCUUGAGGUUCAGUGAUUCUGUAAUUAAAUAUAAGUACAAUAGUAUUAACAUUCAUUUCUAUUUGAUAGUUUAGUUCUGGAAUUAUUUUUAAACUAAUGAAUCCUGAUGAUAGCUUACUUUCUAAUUAAAUAAAUACAAAGAAACCUAUCUCUUAGAGUACCAGUGUCUUUUCCUUCUGCUUAAAGGAGAUGAAAAAAUGAAGGGUUCUCUACUUGUGAAUAGUAACUAUCCUUAUUUCACAUUUGGAAUCAACUUUUUUAAAGGAUAAAAUAAUCAUAUGUAAGGUGUUUUGGAGGCACACAGUCACUCCAGUGCUUAAUUCCUUGUCUCUGAACUUCCAGACACUUCACAAACCCCCAUGAGAAGAGCUUUGACUGUUCCCAGGCAGAGAAAUGGCUUUAAGAAAAUUAAGGAUGGGUUGAAAGUAAGCAGAACUGGGUUCAGUCCUGUAUCUCUUUUGCUGACCCACUAUGUGGACAGCAGCUAAAAUGGUCAUAGGGAAGCCAUAUAUUCUUUUAUAGCCUUAGGAUUUUCCCAUCUCUCAAAGUGUGCAUAUAAGUGCACUGAUUAUCCACACUGCUUAACUGUUGCUUGGCUCCAUGGAUUUACUUUGGAUAAUCUUAAGUAGCUCUCUUGGAAGAAUUUUCCUCUCAUGGGAAGUCUUAUGAAUUGUUCAUUGGUAGAGUACAGCAGGGUGAUGAUGCUCUCUGUGACAGCUUGCAUAGAAGGAAGCCAAGUCACACAUGGGAAGUAAAGCAUCGAUUCUUUAGUACAGUGACAGCAUUGAGACAAUGGGACUGUAAGCACAUAACUUGACAACAAUGACAUAAACCAAAACUGCAGUUCUCUGAUGGCAAAUCAGAGGCCCUCUUGCACUCUUGCAAGAAAGACUUUUUGUAAAACCCAUCCACUGUAUCCAGUGCUGUUCUCCUGUUCUGUUCUACUGAGCAGUUACCUUCUGACUGGCUGCUGUCAAGACAUAGUAUUUGCUAUAUAACAGGAAGGGUUUGGUGAGAGACCUGAGCAUUAUCACUUGCAUGAGUUUAAGGGCGAGAUAAGUGACAUAGAGAAAUUGAAUUUAAUUGUUCAAAUAAAGUUAAUUUUGUACUUUUUCUUUGUUUUUUUUAAAGAUUUAAAACUGAAACUUGUUUGUAACAAACUGGUUGCAUCACUGCUUUAAUUUUUUUUCAGUGUAGGCUUUCCAUGAGAAAAAUUCCCUUUCAACUUUUAAAGUACAUGACCUAAUUCAAGAAAUAUUAAUUACUCAUGUUGCAGGACAAGAGAAUUUAAAUUCAGAGUGAUGACAGAGAGACAGAUACAGCAUCAGAAAGCAGUUCUUCCCUGGGCAGAAUCAAGAAGAGUCCCAGCUCUCUAACCAAUCUUAGUGGCUCUUCUGGCAUGGCCUCCUUAUCUUCUGUGAGCGGAAGCCUAAUGAGCAUCUGUAGUGCAGACUUCGGCAAUGUUGAUGUGAAGGGGAACAUUCAGUUUGCAAUUGAUUAUGUAGAGCAGCUGAAUGAGCUCCAUAUUUUUAUCUGCCAGUGCAAGGGCUUGGCAGUGGCAGAUGUUAAGCGACAGCGUUCAGACCCCUAUGUAAAGACGUACCUGCUUCCUGAGAAAUACCAGCUGGGCAAACGGAAGACUUCUGUCAAAAAGAAAACUUUAAAUCCAGUCUAUAAUGAAAUACUGCGGUAUAAAAUUGAGAAGAAUCUCUUAAAGAGUCAAAUCCUCAAUAUCUCUGUCUGGCACAAUGAUACCUUUGGGAGGAAUAGCUUCCUUGGUGAAGUGGAGCUGGAUUUAGGAACUUGGGACUGGAAUGAUAAAUCCAACAAGCAGAUCGACUGGUUUCCACUCAAGCCAAGGACUUCAACAAUGUCUCUUACACUAGAAAACAGAGGGGAGAUGAAACUAGCCCUCCAGUAUGUCCCACACCCUGUUGGAGGGAAGAAGACAUUAUCUACUGGUGAGGUCCACAUCUGGGUGAAGGAAUGCCAUGACCUCCCUCCUCUGAGAGGCAGCAAGCUCAACUCUUUUAUUAAGUGCACUGUUCUUCCAGAUACCAGCAGAAAAAGUCGCCAGAAAACAAGAACGGUGGCAAAAACUACAAACCCAAUAUUCAACCACACCAUGGUCUAUGAUGGCUUUAGACCAGAAGAUUUGAAAGAAGCCUGCAUAGAACUCACAGUCUGGGAUCACAACAAACUAGCUAACCACUUUCUGGGAGGUCUCAGGAUAGGCCUUGGAACAGGCAAAAGCUAUGGAACUACAGUAGACUGGAUGGAUUCUACUUCAGGUGAAACUGCCCUGUGGAAGAAGAUGAUGAACUCGCCAAACACAUGGGUAGAAGAUACACUGCCUCUCAGGAUGCUAAUGGUUGCAAAACUGACAAAAUGAAGCUUUUUAAUUGCUAGUGACAAAAGGAAACCUUGGGAAUGAAAAUAAAGGUGUGGGGGUGACACUUGGCAGAGGAACACAGUAACUCUUUGAUAGUCUCUGCUCCAUUGCUGUUCUGGUUUUGUGCUGUCAAAUGUCACUUUGUAGGUCGAAUUUCUUCUGCCCACAGAUUAUUAUGUAAAUUUAAGGGAUUCUUUUAUUCCUUAUUCACUGAAAAUGACUUCAAGAAGGAAGGCCCUUAAAGAUUUCAGCAGCAGAGGUAGCUGUGAUGCCUGCAGGCUCAUGCUGCCAAACUGAAGUGUUGCUGAUCCCUUAAAUAAUAUAAAUUACUAGCAAAAUGGUAAGCACAAGUCAGCUUUUUCUGUACACUUCCAGGACUGUUCAGGAAGUGUCAUUAUGCAACAGGUUGCAUUCUGUUCAUGCCCAUUAGUGUGUGUUUGUACCCUCAUUACGCCAUGUCAGAUCUCUCCAAGUGGGGAAUGUGAGCAUGAAGAAUUAGUUUUACAUUUCCUUUAUUUGUAGCUGUACAUUUCUAGGAUAUGAAAGUAGCAUUCCAUGAAGAGAUACUGUCAGUGUCCUGUUCUGCAAGGUGCAGAGGACUCUGCCAAUGUGUUAUUAAAAAUGUCAGGGUCGUAGAGUUUGCUGAUACAGCCUUUACUCUUAAAUGCUGAAGGCACAGAGCUGAAGAUUUUAUUCUAAAUGCUACUCUAGGGUUUGAAAGUAUCAAACCCUACCGAUUUGAGGGAUGGGCAAGUAUGUUGGGUAUUUAUUCUGUAAAGUGUACUUGUCUGUACUUGUAUCUAUUCGCUUGGGGCUUUGCCACACAACAUUUCUCAGUGCCACCGUUACAGGAGUGCUGGGAUCCUGGGGUGGCAGCUUGGAUUGCUUUGCAGCCUAGGAAAUGGGAGUGGAAUCUGUAACUUGUAGCAAUGCAUGCUGCUAAAGAAAGAGAAAUGCAUAAAAUACAAAAUAUUUGUGUGUUUUUUUUAAUAAAAGCAGCCUAUUAAAGCUAAA